AGGAACAGUAUGUCUUCCUGUAUGACAUCCUCCUGGAGACCUUGCUGUGUGGUGUUACCAGUGUUGCUGUUCAGGACGUUCAGAAACACAUUCAAAGGAUGUCUGUGCAAGACCCUGUAACGAAAACCAAUGGAUUCAUGAAGGAAUUCCAGGUAACUCACACAGAGAGGUAAAUAGAGUCAUUACAACUCUUGAGAACUAGGAAAUAUUAUGGAAUUUGGAUAUACAGUGAGGGAAAAAAAUUAUUUGAUCCCCUGCUGAUUUUGAACAUUUGCCCACUGACAAAGAAAUGAUCAGUCUAUGGUAGGUGUAUUUUAACAGUGAGGGACAGAAAACAAAAAACAAAAAUCCAGAAAAACACACAUCAAAAAAGUUAUAAAUUUAUUUGAAUGUCAAUGAGUGAAAUAAGUAUGUAAUCCGCUAUCAAUCAGCAAGAUUUCUGGCUCCCAGGUGUCUUUUAUACAGGUAACGAGCUGAGAUUAGGAGUACUCUCUUAAAGGGAGUGCUCCUAAUCUCAGCUCGUUAUCUGUAUAAAAGACACCUGUCCACAGAAGCAAUCAAUCAGAUUCCAAACUCUCCACCAUGGCCAAGACCAAAAGCUGUCCAAGGAUAUAAGGACAAGUUUGUAGACCUACACAAGGCUGGAAUGGACUUCAAGACCAACAGUUGGUGAAACUCAAAAUAACCGUCAGUCUCCCUCGGUCUGGUGCUCCAUGCAAGAUCUCACCUCGAGGAGUUUCAAUGAUCAUGAGAAGGGUUAGGAAUCAGCCCAGGACUACACGGGAGGAUCUUGUUAAUGAUCUCAAGGCAUCUCAAGUUUUGUGGUCAGAUGAGACCAUGGAGGUGGAAACAUUAUGCUUUGGGAGUGAUUUUCUGCUAAGGGGACAGGACAACUGCACCGUAUCAAAGGGACGAUGAACGGGGCCAUGUACCGUCAAAUCUUGGGUGAGAACCUCCUUCCCUCCUCCAGGGCAUUGAAAAUAGGUUGUGGAUGGGUAUUCCAGCAUGACAAUGACUUAAAACACACAGUCAAGGCAACAAAGGAGUGGCUCAAGAAGAAGCACAUUAAGGUCUCUGUAGAGGGAGCUGAAGGUUCAAGUUGCCAAACGUCAGCCUCAAAACCUUAAUGACUUGGAGAGGAUCUGCAAAGAGGAGUGGGACAAAAUCCCACCUGAGAUGUGUGCAAACAUGAUGGCCAAGUACAAGAAAUCUCUGACCUCUGUGAUUGCCAACAAGGGUUUUGUCACCCUAAGUACUAAGUCGAAGGGGUCAAAUACUUAUUUCACUCAUUGACAUGCAAAUCAAUUUAUAACUUUUUUGACAUGCAUUUUUUUGUUUUGUUUGUUUUGUUAUUCUGUCUCUCACUGUUAUAAUUAAAAUCAUAGACUGAUCAUUUCUUUGUCAGUGGGCAAAUGUUUAAAAUCAGCAGAUUUCCUAACUCUCUGCUAAUGGAUCAUUUGCUACUGUUUGCCCCCAGUAAACUGGAACUGUCAUCGAUACCAGUUUAAAGAAAUAGUGAAUCAUGUUCACAGCAUUCUGGCAUUCAGCACAUCCUUGAGACAAACUAAAUGGUUAUAUGAAUUUCUAUAUGAAUAGGAAUAUCCAAUUGAAUUGCUUCUCUAACAUUUUAUUUGACUUAUUUUUCUGUCUUUCUAGUCACUGGAAAAACUAACAGGACUGUAUCGACUCUGCACAUAUAAAGAGGGAGAGAAACUAGAAAAUGAGUCUAAAAACCGCUACCGGGGCAUCCUCCCAGGUGCAAAUUCUUCACGUAUAUUUACGCAAUCCUAUAUUUUAUUAAUUAUAAUAUGAGGGACCUGCUUGAAAACUUCAGAAGAAAGUCCAGAGAAUUGAAUUUGCUGGCCCUUUAAUGACCCUGUAACUUUCCAAAACCCCAUAAAACCUGUACAUAGAGGCAGGGCCGGACUGGGAAAAAAGUUCAGCAUUUGUUAUUCACAGCGGCCCACUGAAAAGGGGGCGGGGCCAGAUAGGGUGUGUUUUGUUAUCCCCAAUGACAAGCACCCCCAUCUCAAAGUGAGCAUGUUGGUUCAAUGCUCUUCCAGGGCAUGAGAAAAGGGCCCUGUAUUUGUUCUGCACAGCGCAAGCAAAGUUAAUAACAUGCUUGUAUUGUGUUUGAUUGAAACUUGUCUCAGGGGUUUCCAUAAUUGGAAUACUCACUGUAGGGGAUCUAGUGUGUGUGUGUGUGUGUGUGUGUGUGUGAGAUCUAGUGUGUGUAUAUCUGUAGAUGAUCCAGAGUUGGCUAAGGAAUCUGGUGUUUGUCUGGAAUUUGAUGUGUUUAGGGGUGCAGCAUGUGUGUGAGGGGUUCUUUGGAAUGUAUACAUAUAUGUUUGGAAGUAUUGUGUGUGGUGCAGUUUGUUUGGGGGCUGCAGUGUGUGUGUGAAGGGUGCAGUGUGUGUGAAGGUUGUAGUGUGUAUGUGUGAGGGGUGUAGUGUGUGAGGGGUGCUGUGUGUGUGUGAGUGCUGUGUGUGUUAGACUGAUGUUUGACGGUGAUUUGUGUGUGUUAGGGAGCUGUGUGAGGGUGAUGUGCUAUGCGUUAGGGUGCUGUGCGAGGGUGAUGUGUGUGUGUGUGUGUGUGUUAGGGUGUUGUGUGAGGGUAUUCUCUGUGUGUGUUAGGGAGGUGUGUGUGUUAGGGUGCUGUGUGUGUGCUGUGUGUGUGUGUUGGGGUAAUGUGUGUUAGGGUGCUGUGUGAGGGUAAUGUGUGUGUGUGUGUGUGUGUUAGGGUGCUGUGUGAGUUAGGGUGCUGUGUGAGGGUGAUGUGUGUGUGUGUGUGUUAGGGUGCUGUGUAAGGGUGAUGUGUGUGUUUGCAAGGAUUGUGUGUUGGGGAGGCAAAUAAUUGCAAGGAUUGAUGUAUUUUUUUAUAAUAAAAUAAAAAAUAAAAAAAACAGACAUUAUACCCCCCUCUCCCUUCUAAACUGUAGCCUUGGAGGGGGGUUUGUGCUUCUGCCAUCCAUCCCUGGUGGUCCUAGUGGUAAGUGAACUCUAGCCUGUGGGGCUAGAUUUCACUCUUGCGAGACCCGUUCCAUUGCAAUGGCAACAGUCCGUAUCUCGCAAAAGAAACCCAGCGGAGCUGCAGGUUAGAGCUCCUUCAGGCUCCUCUCCUGGCUGUCUCUCGCCCGUGCCGGUGGCCACGUUUGACUGCAUGUGGACCGGUGAGGGAGAUCUUUGAUCUCCCCACUGGCCCUUCAUGGAACACAGCGGGGCCGGAGCUUGGAUAGUGCCGGUUUUGCAUGGACCGUCGAGGGAGAUCCUCCAAUUUCCCCGGCCGUAAUCGGCCAGUGGCCAUCGCAGCCCACCGGGCAAUAUCCUGCUCUUUGGAUAUUUGAAAGCUUCAGUCCCACAAACGACAUCAAAAUUGCUUUCAAUGUCCGAGCAGAGCAUGUCGGAUACAAACAUCUCUAUUUAGAGGGCAGCCUGCAAGGGAUAAUGGGAUACAUGCUUUCCAGAAGAAAAUUUCUUCCCUUCCGGAACCAUAACCAGAUUUUCCAUUAGGCAGAGUAGGUAUUAUCCACAGACACCCAUACUAUAGGGGGGCGCUUACUCUGCCUGUUACUAAACUAAUCCCUACCACUGUCCUGUGGUACUGAGUGGGCAUUAUCUACAGACACCUGUCCUAUAGGGGGGCGCUCACUCUGCCCGUUACCAGAACAAUCCCUACCACUGUCACAGGGCACUGAGUAGGUAUUAUCUACAGACACCUGUCCUAUAGGGGGCGCUCACUCUGCCCGUUACCAGAACAAUCCCUACCACUGUCACAGGGCACUGAGUAGGUAUUAUCUACAGACACCUGUCCUAUAGGGGCUGCUCACUCUGCCCCUUACCAGAACAAUCCCUACCACUGUCACAGGGCACUGAGUAGGUAUUAUCUACAGACACCUGUACUAUAGGGGGCGCUCACUCUGCCCGUUACCAGAACAAUCCCUACCACUGUCACAGGGCACUGAGUAUCUACAGACACCUGUCCUAUAGGGGGCGCUCACUCUGCCCAUUACCAAACUAAUCCCUACCACUGUCACAGGGCACUGAGUAGGUAUUAUCUACAGACACCUGUCCUAUAGGGGCUGCUCACUCUGCCCCUUACCAGAACAAUCCCUACCACUGUCACAGGGCACUGAGUAGGUAUUAUCUACAGACACCUGUACUAUAGGGGGCGCACACUCUGCCCGUUAUCAGAACAAUCCCUACCACUGUCACAGGGCACUGAGUAGGUAUUAUUUACAGACACCUGUACUAUAGGGGGCGCUCAGUCUGCCCGUUACCAGAACAAUCCCUACCACUGUCACAGGGCACUGAGUAGGUAUUAUCUACAUACACUUGUCCUAUAGGGGCUGCUCACUCUGCCCGUUACCAGAACAAUCCCUACCACUGUCACAGGGCACUGAGUAGGUAUUAUCUACAGACACCUGUCCAAUAGGGGCUGCUUACUCUGCCCGUUACCAGAACAAUCCCUACCACUGUCACAGGGCACUGAGUAGGUAUUAUCUACAGACACCUGUCCUAUAGGGGCUGCUCACUCUGCCCCUUACCAGAACAAUCCCUACCACUGUCACAGGGCACUGAGUAGGUAUUAUCUACAGACACCUGUCCUAUAGGGGCUGCUCACUCUGCCCGUUACCAGAACAAUCCUUGCCACUGUCACAGGGCACUGAGUAGGUAUUAUCUACAGACACCUGUCCUAUAGGGGCUGCUCACUCUGCCCCUUACCAGAACAAUCCCUACCACUGUCACAGGGCACUGAGUAGGUAUUAUCUACAGACACCUGUACUAUAGGGGGCGCACACUCUGCCCGUUAUCAGAACAAUCCCUACCACUGUCACAGGGCACUGAGUAGGUAUUAUUUACAGACACCUGUACUAUAGGGGGCGCUCAGUCUGCCCGUUACCAGAACAAUCCCUACCACUGUCACAGGGCACUGAGUAGGUAUUAUCUACAUACACUUGUCCUAUAGGGGCUGCUCACUCUGCCCGUUACCAGAACAAUCCCUACCACUGUCACAGGGCACUGAGUAGGUAUUAUCUACAGACACCUGUCCAAUAGGGGCUGCUCACUCUGCCCGUUACCAGAACAAUCCCUACCACUGUCACAGGGCACUGAGUAGGUAUUAUCUACAGACACCUGUCCUAUAGGGGCUGCUCACUCUGCCCCUUACCAGAACAAUCCCUACCACUGUCACAGGGCACUGAGUAGGUAUUAUCUACAGACACCUGUCCUAUAGGGGCUGCUCACUCUGCCCGUUACCAGAACAAUCCUUGCCACUGUCACAGGGCACUGAGUAGGUAUUAUCUACAGACACCUGUCCUAUAGGGGCUGCUCACUCUGCCCCUUACCAGAACAAUCCCUACCACUGUCACAGGGCACUGAGUAGGUAUUAUCUACAGACACCUGUACUAUAGGGGGCGUACACUCUGCCCGUUAUCAGAACAAUCCCUACCACUGUCACAGGGCACUGAGUAGGUAUUAUCUACAGACACCUGUACUAUAGGGGGCGCUCAGUCUGCCCGUUACCAGAACAAUCCCUACCACUGUCACAGGGCACUGAGUAGGUAUUAUCUACAGACACUUGUCCUAUAGGGGCUGCUCACUCUGCCCGUUACCAGAACGAUCCCUACCACUGUCACAGGGCACUGAACCAAGUACCACACAGGCGGACCACCCAGAAGUGGAAGUGUGCAGGAAAUUUACCUCCCAGAAGCUGCGGUUAACCGCACCUUAAUUGCCGAACGCUGGGUGGCCUUUGUUCGUUUGCCGAACACGUGGCGGCGGCCAUCUUUGUUAAUGCGAACGAGGUCAGCGGUAUGUGUAGCCAAAUUCAUGGAACUAAAAUCGGCUACACAUUUCCGCGAACACCGCUGAGCCCUACCUUCUCCCCUACUGAUUUUACAGCCGCAGAGACUAAGCUCCAUUCGGCGAUGGGACUUAGUCAUUUUCUCAGCCUGAAAUAGACCGGCCGCACAGCCCAAAUCUAUGGAACUGUUUUGGGCAGGAAAAUGUGCUUGCGGUCGGUCAUAAAGGGACCUCCAGCUAACUUUUUAACCCCUGGAUGGAUUUGUCUGAUUGGUUAUGUUUAUGUUUAAAGUGUGCUGAUUAAUAAUAUGUAAUUUUUAUGAAGAUUGGAUGUGUAGUUUUAAAGUUACAGUGUAUGGAUAAAAACUGUAUUUUUACUGCCUGUGUUAAUUAUGUUAAACCAUUGUGUGCCAUAAUUAGAUUACAGGCAGAGGGGAGGAUUUUUGUGUGUAAUUGCUGGGAGUGUUUCUGUAAUGUACGUUUAUGAUUGGUUGUUGUGUAAAACCCUGUGGGUGGUACUAAUGUGUAAGAAUGUGUACAUAAGCACAAUAAACCCACAGCUCUGGCUGACCACUGCUUGACCAUCAACACGGAGCCUUGUCUCGUCAUGGAUUACAGGGUAAAACUUACCAGGAAAGGUUAAAGGAUCUUAACAUGUAUAGCUUGGAGGAAAGACGAGACAGGGGGGAUAUGAUAGAAACAUUUAAAUAUAUAAAAGGGAAUCAACACAGUAAAGGAGGAGACUAUAUUUAAAAGAAGAAAAACUACCACAACAAGAGGACAUAGUCUUAAAUUAGAGGACAAAGGUUUAAAAAUAAUAUCAGGAAGUAUUACUUUACUGAGAGGGUAGUGGAUGCAUGGAAUAGCCUUCCAGCUGAAGUGGUAGAGGUUAACACAGUAAAAGGAGUUUAAGCAUGCGUGGGAUAGGCAUAAGGCUAUCCUAACUAUAAGAUAAGACUAGGGACUAAUGAAAGUAUUUAGAAAAUUGGGCAGACUAGAUGGGCCAAAUGGUUCUUAUUUGCCGUCACAUUCUAUGUUUCUAUGUUUCUAUGUCUUUGGGGGGAUUUACUGAAUACUGAUAGAGACUGAUUGCCAGGAGUGUAGGCCGCUUGGAUGCUUUUCCUAUUCGUCUGCUAGCAGUGAUUCGUAUGGUUCCAGUUCGUGUGUUUGGAGUGCUAUAUUGAAUGCCGGUCGGGAGUUUGGAGCAUUCCCUUAUUGGCUGUUCGUGAGUUUGGUGUUCUGCAGUAGCUGUGCCUGCAUCUCUGGAAAGGGGGACGAUCGCCUAAACGUUUUUUACCCCUUGUGUGCAAAACGGUCCGUUACACCUUAUAUUAGUUUGGAAGCGGGAGAUUGGGGGACACUAGAGAAUUAUGUGACCCUGCUUCUGCCCUUCCUUAGCUGUUAGAAUGCAGCUAUGGACGUUAUCAUUCAAAGGCAUUUCUUCUCUAAUAAUGCCAGAAAUUCAGACCACAUAAUAAAAUACCUUCUCUGCAGGGUGAUUGCCUUCAAUGGAGCAAAACAAAGGUAAGUGGGGAUUUAUGGACUAUUUGUUACAUAUCUACAAUGUGAUAGGGUGAGGGUUAAUACACAUUGACAAAGAAUAAAAUAUAAUACUGGUUUCAAGAGCUGUGGAUUACAUCUCUACCAAAACUGUAAAUAGUUUGGUUUGAUUUAGACCUGAAGAUAAAUUGUCACUGUAUAUUAUGUCUGAUUAUACAGGUGACCACUACCGCCCCAUCCUGAUGUCUUCAAUGAACGAGCAGAACUUCUCCGGUUAUAUUAAUGCUGUGUUUAUUAAUGUAAGUGUCCAAUACUUAUAUAUGAAUGAGGUUUAUUCUACCGUUAUACACAGCACUAGACAGGUGCCAUUCGCCUCAGUCCGAAUUUAAAUUUGGACGAAUUUCAGCAAUUUGGAUGCUUCCGAAUGGCUGAAUUGCCAAAUUUCAGAAGUGCUGAACCAAACCGAAUUGCCGAUGUGCUUCGGAUUUCUGAAAAGUGGCAAAACAGGAGAAUGAGGGAAAAUUAGGGGAAUGAUGACAGGAAUCUAACCCUACCCCCAACCCUAACCUGCUUCGUAUUUCUGAAAAGUGGCAAAACAGGAGAGUGAGGGAAAAUUAGGGGAAUGAUGACAGGAAUCUAACCCUAACCCUACCCCCAACCCUAACCUAUGUUCAGCACUUCUGAAAUUUGGCAAUUCCCUAACCCCACCCCUAACCCUACCCAAACCCCUAACCCCACCCAAACCCCUAACCCCAACUCACCGCCCUCCCCCUAACCCUGCUCCUAACCCUACACCAAUCCCAACCCCCAACUCCAACCCUAACCCUAACUGACAAGGAGGCAGAUCAGGGGCAGAGCCAGCACAAUUCAAACACAGCCCUGGCCAAUCAGCAUGUCCUCAUAGAGAUAAAUUGAAUCAAUGAAUCUCUAUGAGGAAAGUUCAGUGUCUGCAUGCAGAUGGAGGAGAUACGGAAUGUUUGGAUGCAUUUUAGGCAGCCAUGACCCAGGAAGGAUCUCUAGCAGCCAUCUGAGGAGUAGCCAGUGAAGUUAUCACUAGGCUGUAAUGUAAACACUGCAUUUUCUCUGAAAAGACAGUGUUUACAGCAAAAAGCCUGAAGGUAAUGAUUAUACUCAACUGAACAAAUACAAUAAGCUGUAGGGUCUAUAGUAUCCCUUUAAAGGCCAGAGUAGCCAAACUGAAAUCUCAGCAGACUGGGAGAAUGUUUCCAGUUCGGCUAUUUUAACCUUAAAUUUGAAAUUCACUUUAAAUUCCCUGCAAUUGAGACGGCUUUCAUUAAAUUAAAACUUUGGUCCCUUUCCACACAGUGAAAUACAUGUUUCAUGCAGACAAACAGCCUAAACACUUCAGAUGAAUUCCCGGGAGCGAUGGACUCUCCUGGCGUGUGGCUUCCACUGACGCGUUUUGCUGCUCCAGUCAACUUUCCCUGAUUGCAAAACUAUCCGUCCCAUUUCCUGGGUUUUAACUUGUUCGAAAUCAUAACGGACCCUCAGUGUCCAAACACAGUUCCUCCUGUCAUAACUGACCUGUCACAUUAUGUCAGACGCCUAGUUGCAGUCGUCCUCUUACCACCUAAACAGGCGAAAAUGCUGAAACUCUAUGAAAUGUUUCAUCUUCCAAAGCCGAUGUUAGCACCUUCUCAACCGAUUCCAGUCCCUCCAGAACAAAGCCCCUCUAGUCUUUGAAGGGUCCGCUUUGUUAAUGUUCCCAGACUACAACCACAACUGCAACAGCUACACCUUAGGGACAUUCCCUAUUGCUGGGGGAUACCAAAGGUGAUCCUGUUGACUUACCUUGGGACUACUUAUAGAUCUCGGAGCUAUCCAGAGUCAAAAACCCUCUUGCAGAAGUUGGGCCUUGCUGAUCAACCGGGCAAGGAAGGUUAGGUUUUUUUCUCACUUGGACCCUGCCAGGAUUGAAGAGUUCACUCCUCGCUCAUCUGGAAUAGCCUUCCAGCUGAAGUGGUAGAGGUUAACACAGUAAAGGAGUUUAAGCAUGCAUGGGAUAUGCAUAAGGCUAUCCUAACUAUAAUAUAAGGUCAGGGACUAAUGAAAGUAUUUAACAAUUGGGCAGACUAGAUGGGCCGAAUGGUUCUUGGAAUGGAAUCUGCCGCCACAUUCUAUGUUUCUAUCUCAGUGACCAUCCUCUGAGCAAGAGCUGACAUGAAGGGCCGGGAGCAUGGGGAAUAGGCCUCAAGUCCGAGAUACUCCCUCUUUACACCACAAUGAACCUGUUCUCAUUGUGGUCUGCAGCUCCUCAUUUUUCUUUCUUCAUUUACUCGUUAUUAAUAUCUGUUCCAUUUUUACUUUUAUUUGCCUAAAUGGCACUGCCUAAUGGCACUGUGUUAUCUGUGAAUAUUCCUUAUAUGAAUAUAACUGGCUAGUGGCUAAUGAGUCUUAGUGUGAAGGUUACUAUAACCUGGGACUUAACCUCAUUCAUGAUCCCACCAUUACCCAACCCUCACUGGCACACAUGUUGUGGAUUCACUAUAACUAUAUCAGCUACCAGUAGGGAAGUGAGCACCUCGCUGUGCACCACUAUUGAAGUCCAUCAGCCUUCCACAGAAUUUCACUUAUGCCAACAAGGGGUUAAUAUUUAUUUAAUAUUUAGGACCACUCUAGGCACCCAGACCACUUCAGCUUAAUGAAGUGGUCUGGGUGCCAGGUCCAGCUAGGAUUAACCCAUUUUUUUAAAUAAACAUAGCAGUUUCAGAGAAUCCUUCCUCCAAAUCCUCUAGUGGCUGUCUCAUUGACAGCCGCUAGAGGCGUUUGCGUGAUUCUCACUGUGAAAAUCACAGUGAGAACACGCAAGCGUCCAUAGGAAAGCAUUAUGAAUGCUUUCCUAUGCGACCGGCUGAAUGCGUGCGCAGCUCUUGCCGCGCGUGCGCAUUCAGCCGAAUGGGAGAAAUGGAGGAGGAUCGGAGGAGGAGAGCUCCCCGCCCAGUGCUGGAAAAGGGUAAGUUUUUACCCCUUUCCCCCUUCCAGAGCCGGACGGGAGGGGGACCCUGAGGGUGGGGGCACCGUCAGGGCACUAUGGUGCCAGGAAAACGAGUAUGUUUUCCUGGCACUAUGGUGGUCCUUUAAUAUUUUACCAGGAAGGAUACAUUGAGAAUUGUUAAUAGUUUGUUCUUUACCUUUUAGUUGCUUCCUUGUUUUUUUUAACUUUAUUUAAAAAUAUAUAUCUCAUUCAGCAUGUCUCUUAUAAGCCUGACACCUUGAUGUUUUUGAGGAACACACUUAUAUGUGUAAAAAUAAAGAAUGUCAAAAAUUAAAAACAAACACAGUUCCUCCUUCGUGUGAAUUUGAACACUGUACACAUUGUACACAUAUUGGUUGCAGCUUAGGUGUUUAGAUUUGUUUUAUUAAAGUUAUGGUGCACUAUUUUGGUUUACUGUACAUCCUUCAUACAGUUAUCAUUUUGGUCAGUUUAGAUUUUUUUAUAAACUGUAGACUGAAGCGAUCACAGUAUCAUUAAUCCCAGUUCUGUUCUCAAUGUACAAAUGCCUCACAUGGAUUAUUAAAUUUAAACAGCUGGUUUUAUUUGGCGCACUGAGCAGGACACACUCUUACAGGAUAAAAGAUAUUUACUGUGUCUCUUUCCAUUCUGAGAGGUGACGGUUGGCCAUAGAUAACUUGAAGAUUCAGCAGCGGUGUUUGUUUUAUAACUUUGUUUUCAUUUAGUCUUGUUUUCUUGUUACUCUGUGAGGAUAUUUAUGGGGUGAUAAAUAUUAAAAAUAAUAUUUUCAUAAAAAUUAUCAAAUUACUUUAAUAAUUUGUAUUAUAUCAAAAUAGAUAUCUUGGCACUGUUUCUCAGAUGAUAUUAAUUGAAAGCUGGGAAUUACCCACUAUUUUAAUUCUCAUAGAUCCUGGAGUAAGUUUCACUAGAGGAUUUUUAUUUCACACAUUAAUCACAGCUAAUUAUAAAAAUAUAAUUUAUUGUGACAAUAAUAUUAUAAUAUGUAACAUGCGUGAUAAUAAUCAAUGAAUAUUUAGGUAUAACAUAAGUAUACAAUAUGGCAGUGAUUUAACACAGUUUAUAAACAGCUAAAUAGCAACAGUUCUAUCAACAUGUAUGCAGUUUUCAGCAAGAUUUACAACAGGACACCACUUUGAAAUCAGGAUACUGAAACUUCCUUAACACAGAACACAGCAUGUCACAGCAACACAGCAUAAAGCAAGACAAACUUUGGCUGACAGUCAAAUCACUGAAUUAACUAAUUCACUGCUGGCUGCAAUUCCCAUAGGCAAAAUAUCCUUUUAUAUUGCAAUACAAUAUUUCUCAUACUAGAUCACUGACCAUUCCUUAAUGUUUAAAGAAGUUCUCUAUACAUCACUAGUUGAUAGUGACCAUUAGAGAAAGGUGGGCGUGUCUUCCCUACAGCCUGUCAUCUAGAUUUUGGUCAGUAGAUGGUGCAAUUACAUCACAGAAAAUUCUUGUCAAGGGAUCCAUUUACCUUUUUGUAUAAUGGGUUAACUGAAUUUCGUGAUGCGUUUGAUGUUAUCUUGGUUAUCUUUAUGGAUAACCAUUCGUCACCAACAUGUCACUCUUCAAAGGUUUUGGUUCAUUUUUACUAGACAGAGCGUCUGCAAUUUUCGCCAUACGUUAGAUUUCUGACACAAGGUCCUAAACUCUUCUUCACCUCUCUAUACAAUGGAACUUUGUUUUAUUUUUUAUUUUUUAUAGUAAAAUUAAUUACUUAGUGUUAUCUGUCAUUGGUCAUCCUGUGUCUGGUUUUCUUGUGUGAAACUGUGUGUAGCACAUAGUAAUAUUACACAUAUUCCACUAACGUUAGUAAAUAAUAUGACAUUUCUUCAUUGAUAUUAUAUCCAUGAGUAUUCUAUAUUAUUAACUUAGUACUAUUUAUAUAUGAUUAUAUAUAUAUAUAUAUAUAAUAUAAAUUUGUUUCUGGGUUGUAGCAUUCAACCCCCUUUUGCUAUAGACAUCAUGUCUUAUCUUUGCCAAUGUUUACAUUAGUCGCAUUCCUUAGCUCAGUCUUGAGUGAAUAGAGUUACAGAGAGAAAAAAAUUGUGUCUGUGUUUGCAUUGUGAUACAAAAUGGAGUCACUUCUGUUCUGAUAGUGACUUACAGUAUACACUGUUAAUUUCUGUUUUAACACAAAAUGUCUGCCAGUAUAAAUAUACUGACAACUCUCCCGCUUGUAUCUGAUGUUCUAGGUAAGAUAACUUCAUGCUGUUUAUUCCUUUAGUCUAACUGCCAGGAUGACGCCUUCGUGGUGACGCAGCUGCCGUUGAAGAAGACUCUGUCUGAUUUUUGGUCCCUGGUCUGGGACUAUAAAUGCACCUUGGUGGUCCUCAUGCAUGAUCCGCAGGAUGUGUCAGAGGUAGAGUCAGCCCUGGCCAUUUAUAUCGGGAUAAUAGUAUAAAUGGUUCUGUAAUUAUUACUAAUUCUUAUAAUUACUGCAUAACAUCGCACUGGCAGGGUAAUCUUGAAUAAAAUCUGUUUAUAUUUCAUGUAUCGCUUGAUAGAAGACAUUUAUUUAGUAUUUGAUGUUUAAUUAUAAACCCUGAUUACUGCCCUAAGUUGAAUGCCCAGUUUUGGCCGGAAAAGGGAGUAAUCAGACAUGGCGGAUUCAGCAUCAAAAAGAUCUCCAAGGCUACAAUGGCAGGAUACAGAGAGACCACACUCUGCAUAAAGCACACAGAUGAGGUGAGUGUACCGCAAUGAGUGACUGAUAAGCAGGCUUCAGAUGUAUGGGAUAAUAAGGAAUUUAUUAACAAAGCAUUUAAUGGUGUUAUAUAAAAAACAUGUGUUAAAGGCUAGGUUAGAAAAACUCCUCUCCAACCUGGAAACCAGCUCGUUAUGGCUGCUGUAGGAUUUUCUCCACUUCCGAGCCUAGAAUGGUUGUCAAUGCACACAGUUUUUUACUUUAUACAUUUCUGCUCAAAAGUUUGCAUACCCUUGGAGAAUUGGUAAUAUGUGCCAUGUUUAAAGAAAACAUGUGUGAGCAGGCAAAGCAAAUUUAUUUUAUUUCUUAUGAGAUUCAUAUUCAACUGUAGGUUAUAACAGAAUGGCACAAUCAAAAAACAAAACAUGGCAACAAAGAAACAAAUGAAAUGAUCCUUGUUCAAAAGUCUGCAUACCCUGAGUUCUUAAUACAGUGUAUUGCCCCCUUUAGCAUCAAUGGCAGUGCGCAGUCUUUUGUAAUAGUUGUGUAUGAGGCCCCUAGUUCUUGCAGGUGGUAUAGCUACCCAUUCGUCUUGGCAAAAUGCCUCCAGGUCAUGCAAAGUCUUUGGUCGUCUUCCAUGAACUGCACGUUUGAGAUCUCCCCAGACUGGCUCCAUGAUAUUAAGUUCAGGAGACUGAAGGCCACUCCAGAACCUGCUGUAACCAGUGGAGGGCCAACUUAGCCUUGUGCUUAGGGUCAUUGUCAUGCUGGAAAGUCCAAGAGCGUCCCAUACGCAGCCUUCAUGCAGAAGAAUGCAAAUUGUCUGCCAGUAUUUUCUGAUAACAUGCUGCGUUCAUCUUGCCAUUAAUUUUCACAAGAUUCCCUGUGCCUUCAGAGCACAACCCACUAACCCUAUUUCGAUCCAUCCCAGUGUAUGCCCUUUGGAAUUGGCCCUGUUUUAUUGAUUAUACAGGUGUCAUAAUACGCGCUCUUACGGACAUGUAUUUAAACUAGGAUAUAAAGCUGAUUUUACCUUUUUUUGCUAUAUGUGUAUACCCGUCGUGCUAUUUGCUGAACUGCAUUUUACUAUAAACUGUGUGAUGCCUAUGCAAAAUUAAAAUAAAAACUCAUCUUUUCUAUGUUACAAGCUUCUCGAUUCCAGUUUAAACAUUGCAACACUCCAUUCACCACUAAGUGAAGUGAAUCAAGUGCACGCACUCUGUUACUCUUAGAGCAGGGGUUCCCAACCCAGUAUCCCCUAACAGUCCAGGAUUUAGUGAUUACCCUGUUGUGUAUAAAGUAUUUUUUUUUUCUUUCUAAAAACAGUUCAGACACAACUGGAUAAUCCCUAAAUCCUGGACUGGUAGGGGGUUCUUGACUGGAUUGGGAAGCACUGUUUUAGAGCAUUCCUUCCUUCAAAAACCUAGGCUUCCAUUUAAUAUAUUUUUAAAUGCUGAAAGGAUUUAAGACUUUGCGGAAAAAAAAAAUGAUGUAGGUUUUAAAAAUAUUUUGAUAAUUUGAUAUAUUCAUAUUUUUUUGUCAUAGUUUUUUUUUUUUUUUUUAAAUAUGAUUUUUAUUAAUGUAUUUGCAACGUAUUUUCAACAAAAAUAGGCAAGGGGUGGGGGGAUGGGACUCGCAGGUCCCUGGAAACAACAACAUAAAGUAUUUGCUUUUGGGCUCGCAGGCCCCAAUGAACGAUGCGGACUCGCAGGUCCCACGCAUUCCAAACAGCUAAUAAUGAGUACCUUUGUCCCAUGUGUUGCGCUCUUUUUUUUAUUUAUAUUGAUAAUUCGUUACAGUUUUUAUUGCAUAACAUGUGAAUAGAUUGGUGGGAACUCGUAGGUUUUCGACCUGCUUUACAUUAUUAGGUCUUGUGAGGUGCCUAGAUUCUCAUGAGCAAGGCAUAAAAUAAGAUACGAAGGUCCCUAGGUAUCCUAGUCAGAUGGCUCAUAACUUGAAAACGUAAACUAUCAAAAGAAAACUAGUAUCGAGUGGACAGAUAGAGGAGCACAAAACAUUGUAUUCCGAUAAAGUAAUGUCAGUUUGUCGUGUAACAUGUCUGAGUUGCGGGAUUACGGCCGUCAGGCGGUCCCUAAUUCUGUCUGCAGUCGCUUGCCGGAGUUCAGGUGGUGAGUGUGGGUACCCUAAGCCGUUAGAUGUCGGCGUGUGUGUGUGUGUCCGUGUGGUUGGGGGAGGACCGUGUCCCUUCGUUUGUGGGGUGUAGUGACUUAGCUUCCCUGUGUGGUUAUCGGGUAACAUGUGAGGGUAACGUUCUGCUUUGACCCUGGUACUUUCUUUGAUGUGGCAUGUUAUGUGUGGUGAAGCUACUAGAGUCAGGGUAAGUAUAUCUUCUUGUGUGUGUUCCCCUUGUCCAGGCUGUUGGCACACCGUGACCUGGUCGUUGGGGUCUUUUUAACCUUAGGGUAUGGUACGUGCGCCGCGUUGUCACCCAUGAACGUCUGUUUGUUUUAGUAUGUUCUAGAGGUGGCUUGUGUGUAUAUUCAUGUUGAUCGAUUCCCUUAAUCCUCCCCAAGUGGUCGGGUCCUGUAUGCCGGUUAGUGGGCUUGGUCCCCUGUGUCUGGUCGGUCAUGUGGUGGUUUUCCUUGUGGGUGUUCCGUCUUGUGGCAGGCGUGCGCGGCCCCUACCUCACCCCCGCCCCCGCUCCGCCGGCGUGGCCGCCCGCACCCCCGGUCUCCCGUCUCUCGGCAACAUGCCCCACCCACGGCCCCCAUCGUUCCACGUAUUUUUCACUUUGUCCCAUGAGAGACGCCCUCAUCUUUUCUGCGGAGCGGAUCUCCUCAACUCUGUCGUACCAUUGGGUUAGCGUUGGUGGCUGUGUCUGUUUCCACAUCGCGGGUAUGAGUGCUUUAGCUGCAUCCAGCAUAUGUCGCAAUAUGGAUUUUUUGUAUUGUGAGAUUGGUUGUGGGGUCGAGUGUAGUAAGUAUUGUUCCAUGUUGAGGGGGAACGGUUCUCGGAGGAUCUCAGUAAUUUUUGUGCUGAUUUGGGACCAGAACGGCUGUAUGAUUGAGCAGUUCCACCAAAUGUGGCUGAGGGUACCUUCCUCCUCUCCACACCUCCAGCAUAUGGAUGGGACAUUGGGAAAUAUCCUAUGAAGACGUGUUGGGGUUUUGUACCAUUGUGAUAAGAGUUUGUAAUUGACUUCUUGAAAUCGGGUGCUGACCGAAGAUUUAUGGUGUAAGAUGAGUAUUUUUUCCCAUUGGGUGGGGGUAAAUUCCUGGUUUGUGAUGCUUUCCCAUUGCGUCUUAAAUGUGACUAUUUCUGUGCGGUCACCUGUGAGGACGUAUUGGUAAAGGUAUGAGAUCGCUUUGCCUAAACUCGUUUUGGUAAGACACAAUCUUUCAAAUUGCGUUAGGGCCCUGUGUAAGGCUGUUCUAUCUCUGAAUGAAUGGUAGAAAUGUUUUAGUUGAGUAUAGCGGAAGACUUGCUGUAGUGUCGGGGUUUGUGUAUUGAUGAGUUCUGAGAGCGUUUUCAGGGUGGCGUUGCCCAGGACACUGUGGAGUGGUACGUAUUCCUGCUCUUGUUCUCCCAGGAUUCCCCAGGCCCCGGCAGUGAUGCCCCCUCCUAUGGAACGAUUGUUGGUGAUAGGGGUCAACGGGCUUGGUGUCGGGGAUAUGUGUUUGGCUUUUCUUGUUGUGUCCCACGUAUGUAAGGUGUGGGCCAUCGGUGAGGUGCGAUCGGGGUCUUUCCGUGUCGUGGUCUUGGUCCCCCAUACGAUUUCUGGCAUAGCUGCACAACCCCCACUCUCCAUCAGCGGGAUCCAUUGUUUAUGUGAUGGGCGGGUGUGCCAUUCUAGUAUGCGUUGCAACGCGGUGGCCUGGUGGUAUUUUUUCAUGUCCGGGAGUGCGAGGCCGCCCUGGUGGCGGGGAAGGCACAGGGUGUCGUGGCUGAUCCUGGGUCGCUGACCUCUCCAUAUGUAUUUAAGAAUUGCCGAUCUGAGGGAGGAAAAAUAUGCCGUGGGUAUCGUCAUUGGUAGCGUUUGAUAUAGAUAAAGCAAUCGGGGCAGUAUAUUCAUUUUCACUACCGCGAUGCGCCCCAGCCAAGAUAUGUGUUGGGGGUUCCACUCACACAGAUCCCGCUGUAUUUUGGCUAGCAACGGUAUGAAAUUUGACGUGUAUAGAUCCAGUGGAUCUCUAGUGAGCCAUAUUCCUAGGUACUUCAUCCUGGUCUCACACCAGUGGAACUGGAAAUGUGUACGUAGGCUGUCGUUUUCUUCGCUAGGUAUCGAGAUAUUAAGGACCUCGCAUUUUGAUAGGUUUAGUUUAAGGCCGGAUAUGUCUCCAUAUGUUUCAAAUUCUUUGAGGAGGCACGGAAGGGAGAUUCUGGGUUGGGAAACAAAAAAUAACAUGUCAUCUGCAUACGCUGCGGUUUUAUGCACUGUCCCAUCAGAGCGGAAUCCCUUGAUGUCUUCAUUGUGUCGUAUUGCUUCAAGCAGCGGUUCUAGUGUCAGGGCGAAAAUUAACGGGGACAGGGGGCAGCCCUGCCUUGUUCCGUUCCGGAUAGGGAAGGGGGUCGUGAGCGCCCCGUUCACCCUGACCCGUGCGUUCGGCCGGCUAUAAAUGGCCGCGAUCCAGGUGAGCAGGUUGAUUCCAAAUCCCAUCUCCCUGAGCAGCUCCAACAGGUAUGUCCAGUCCACCCUGUCAAACGCCUUCUCUGCGUCGGUGGACAGAAGUAGCAGUCGGUCCCCCGUGCGUUUGGCCAGGUGUUGGAUGGAGAGAGCCCGUAGUGUACUGUCGCGGGCUUCUCUGCCCGGGACGAAGCCCGUUUGGUCAGGAUGGAUUAGUCUGGGUAGGAACGUGUUGAGGCGGCUCGAUAGAACCUUGGUGAAUAAUUUGAGAUCAAUGUUCAGGAGAGAGAUUGGCCUGUAACUGCUGCAUUGUUCGAGGUCCUUUCCUGGCUUAGGGAGGAUGGUUAUGGUUGCUGCCAAUGUGUCAUCGUGAAGCCCGUCGCCCGACGUGAUUGCAUUCACGGCUGCGGUUAAUUUUGGGAUGAGUAUGGGCCCGAAUUUCUUGUAGUAUUCGAGGGUAAACCCGUCGGGUCCCGGGGCUUUACCCGUCUUUGUCGUUUUGAUCGCUGCUCUAAUUUCUUCUUCAGUGAUGGGAGCAUCCAUGCAUUCGGCCUCGUCGCGGGUGACAUGCUUGACUAAAUGUCGCGUGAGGUAUUGUAGAAUCUCCUGUUUUUUAACAUGUGUCGUUGUAUCAGGGGAUUGUGAGUGUAGAUUAUAUAGGUGAGUGUAGUAGGUUCGAAAUUCGUUUGCUAUGCUUUCGGGGUGUUGGGUCGUCCGCCCCCCGGGUAGUUUCAGCUUGUGUACUUGCGCUGGUGCUUGUUGGCCUUUAAGCAUACGGGCUAGAAGUUUACCCCCUUUGUUCGCGUGUAUGUAGUAAAAGGCGGUCGACCUCUGCAGUUGCCUGUAAUGUUUCUUGAUUAAUAGAUCAUGCAAUUGGCUGCGCAGGUCCAGCAGUUCCCUAUAGGUGUCCUCCUUGAGCGUUUGCUUAUGGCGUUCCUCGAUGUCCCUGAUUUUAUCAAGGAGGUCUGCCAUCUGUUGUUGGGCCUCUCUUUUCCUUGCCGUUGCUAGUUGGAUUAUAUAGCCGCGUACUACGCAUUUAUGGGCUUCCCAUAUGGUGGUGGCUGGGGUGUCUCCGGUUUCGUUAUGUAGGAAGUAUUCAUUCAGUGCUUCCAUAAUUUUGUCCCUAGUAGUUACGUCUUCUAACAGGGUGUCGUUGAGCCUCCAAGUCAUCACCUUCGGUCUUAUUAACGGGGAGUCUAGUUCUAGAGUAACCGCCCCAUGGUCGGACCACGUGGCUGCGUCGAUGGUUGCCCCCUGCAGUGCGGUGAGUUGCUCCUGUUGGAGGAACACGUAGUCAAUCCUCGAGUAUCUCUCAUGGACCCUCGAGUAGUGUGUGAAAUCCUUGACCGUGGGGUGGAGGGCUCUCCAGCAGUCCACCAAUCGUAGGCUUCGGAGGGCUCGUAGAGUGGUUCGGAUGUCUCUUUGUGGAGCGCUGCUGCGUCCUGCGGAGGUGUCCACAGAGGGGUCCAGGGGGAUGUUGAGAUCUCCCCCUAGUAUAAGGGUCCCCUCCGUGAAGUCAGUCAACAAGCGUUGUGUUCUGCGAAUGAACUGCGCCUGAUUCCGAUUAGGGGCGUAUAUACUCGCCAGGGUGUAAGUUCUGUUCAUUAUUGUGCCCUUCAGGAAGAUGUAACGCCCUUCUGUGUCCACGAUUUUAUCCGUUUCCGUGAAUCCCAGCCUCGUGGCGAGAAGUAUUGCUACUCCUGCCUUCUUAGUGGGGUGGUGGUUGCUGAAGUACGUGUGGGAGUAUGAUCUGUCCUUCAGGGCCGGGGCCGAGUCCAUUCGGAAAUGAGUUUCCUGGAGUAGGGCAAUCGAGAUACGUUUUUGUCGGAGUUCCCGCAGGAGGUGCGUUCUUCGCUCUGGGAUAUUCAGUCCCCUGCAGUUAUGGGUAAUUAUGCGCAGUGGGCAAGGCUGGUACGCCGAUCUUGUUGGUGGGGAGGCUCGCGGUGGGCGUACGCAGCACGGGCGGACCGGGAGGCCACCGUCCGCCAUAGUAUAUCGUGUCUCGGACCCAGCGGCCAGGUGCCGGGGAAGCAGGGGGAGACGGUAGCGGGCGCCGAGAACACGCUCUGCCACCUGGCGGUCUCGCGUGGUGUGUGGGCAGUCGUGUAUGUGCGGUGUAUUCGUGUCAGUGGUUGAGUAUAGUGGAAUCGUCUACCUUGCUCCGGCAAGGAGGCCUGUGUGACUGCGGAUGCAGGCGGCGGCGCCCCUGGUUCGGGUAUAUCCCCGUCCUGGGCCCGCCUACUCACCGCCGUAACAAUUGUUCACACAGGUGGUGUGGGGUGUGUGUCUCCCUCCGCCCUGGCGGCAGGUAUAGUGGAUUCAAGUGUUGUUAAGUGUUCCGCCCUCCCUUGGAGGUAUGUCCCUGUGGUAGAGUGAGUUCCGACUAUAGUGAGGGUCCUCCACCAUAUGAAGUUGUAUACGUGUCGCAGCCUGCUUUUAAGUGUGCUCUGUAGUUAUCUAUGAGUUCAAUUGUGUAGUCCGGUACUCGCGUGUAGCCGUAUGGCCUAGUCGUCGCCUCUCCCGCACCCUAAUGUGUUGAGAUCUGAUAGUGUCAGCGAUGCAUUCUACCCGUCAUAUCUUAUGCCCCUGUCGUCGUGGAGACCGUCAUUCCCCGUGUGGCCAAGUACCCAGGGGGGGGGAUGGGGUGUUCUAGAUGUUACCUGUUCGUGGCCGUGUUUUAUAGAGUGUGGUUAACAUGCCUUUCACGUGACAGCUGUUGGUAUCUAUUAGGUCGUGAGUGGCCCUGAACUGCGUUACAUCGUCGCUACGUCAUGCCCUCACCAGGGAGGAUCUCUGGGAGCAUUCACAAUGUGGAGUCAGUUAGGUAAGCUGUCUGUUCAGACCUGUUUAUCGGGAGCUCCUUGUGGUGGGCCUUCGUCAGCGUAUUUGGGCGUUGAACAAUUUCUGGUGCGUCUACAAUUACAUUCUUAUACAUCCCCCUGCCUAAGAGUGGUGCCCGCGUUACCAGUUUCUCCCUGCGGUUUGUAAUGCUGUAAACCAUUAUCUCGGAUUUCUAGCGCUCUGGAUACCUAGCGGGAUGCCUCCACCGCUAUGUAGCUGACUGGAGGUUGGAUCGUGGAGUAUGCGUCCAUGAGAGUACCAGUUAUUAAGUUCCCUAUGUUCCCCUCUGGCCGCAUGAGGGGUGGCAGCGCCUAGUACCUAAGUGUAUAGUUCCUGGUGGCCUAUGUCAGGGCGUCAGCGGCUUGGACUAGUCCGGGGGGGGGAGGGUGGUCCAUGGCGGGGGGGGUUGAGGGUGAGAGUCCCCCGUUGCUGCCCCUUCCGAGGGGGGAGUUGGAGCCCAGAGUAAGCUAUCGUGGUGUGGGGUAAGUCGUUGUGCAGUUUGCAAGAAGGUGCGUUGGCCCCUGAGGUUAACAUCGGGCAGUCUCAGUUUUACAGGACUCUGCAUUUAAUAGGACUAUUUUUAAAAUAGAGUUUGACAUACGGUCCAGUGGUGAGAUGAAACCUGCUUACUGUUAGUUAUAAAAAUCCAUAAAAGGAACAUACAAUUGGAAAGUUCAUGACUGGGAUGAUUUUGACUCUGUCAAUUCACUUUAGAGGCAUGGAUCUAGGCACUAGCUUGUUCCACCGUAACCAUGGAUAAAAAAAAAGGGUAUUAAUAAAGGAAAAUCCCUUCCGUUCACCGAGAGCAUCCAGUGGUCCACGCCCAUGGUUGUCACCAUAUGACGUGCACGCAGUGAAUGCCCCGGUAUCGACUUCCCAACCAAGGUGAAGAUUUCUACUCCCUUCGUCCCCCCACCCAAGUGUGUGCUUUGACCCACCCGUCAGGUAGUCCCCUCUAUGGACGGCUCUUCCAUUUUUUUUUUUUUUUAUUAUUAUUUUUUUAAUAUAGCCAAUCCCCUUUCGUGUGCUGUAGCGUGCUGUCCCCCAUUUCAUGUCCCCUCCCCCCCCGCCAGUUCCGUGACCUCCCGUAGCUUGAGUCUCUGGGUCAAGUUGCCCUUGUCCGGUUGGGCAGGACUCUGGGGUUUCGGGAUGAAUGUGGUUGGUUGCCCCCUCCCCUCCAAGCCCCCACCCAAGUGGUGAAUGAGUGUAUUGUCCCUUGCAUUGUGAGUCAUCCCUGUGGGGACGGUAGUCUCGUGGCUUACCGGGGUUCAUGGUUGCCAGUCCCAGACGGGGUCAGCACUUGGCGGGGCAGGGCAUCUGCAGACGGAAGCUCUGCUAGGACGGGUUAGCUGGGUAGGUGCCGGAGAGGCGCGCAGGCCGCACAGCGUGCAGCUUACUGGCGGUGUGUCGUGCGGCUACUCUUCGGGUUGGGCUGGGUCUGGCCUCCAUCCGUGGUCUUGUGGGUCUCUGCUUCUGCGGCGUGGCGGUCUCUGCGGCUGUGGUCGGAGCUCCAGUGGGUGAAGGAUCCAAUUCUGUACCGUGAUGUUAGGAAUUUCCAAUUUUUGUAGGAAGGCAGGUAUGUCUUCUGGGCACCGGGCCGAGAUUAAUUCAUUGUGGCGGCGCACGUUGAUGCUGAAGGGAUAUCCCCAUCUAUACGGGAUGUUUCUGUCUCGCAGUGCCGAGGUCACCGGUCUCAGGGCGCGCCUCGCGUCGAGGGUGAGUGGAGAUAAAUCAUUGUAGAGGGUGACUUCUGCGCCUCUGUACGUCCAGUGGGCGCGGGAGCGGGCCUUCAACAUUAUUUGUUCUUUCAACGUGAAGGAGUGGAUGCAGCACACUAUAUCUCGCGGGGUGCCAUCCGCCGUGCGCGGUCUGAGGGCUCUGUGGGCCCUAUCGAAGCGGAAGUGGUCCGGUGCCUCCUCACGGAGGAUAAUGCGGAAGAGCUGGGUGAGGGAUUCAGCAAUGUUUUCCCCUGCGCCAUCCGCCUCCGGCACACCGCGCACCCGGAUGUUAUUGCGGCGGCCCCUGUUGUCCAGGUCCUCCAGGUGCCGUCGCAUUGCCAAGAUCAAGUCACCUUGCCUGCGUAUCGCUGUGUCUGUAGCUUGCCAUUGCGACUCCGCAGUUUCAGCGCGCUGUUCUAUGGCGGUGAUACGCGUGUCCUGGCGCGCUAUAUCUGAUUUAAUGCCGGCUACUUCAGCUUUCAGUGCAGCAUGCAGAGUGUCUGAAGCUCGGGUGAGGUCCUCUUUUGUGACCAUCAGGGCUGUCAUGCGCCUCAGUUCUGCCCCUAUAUCUGCCAGAGUGACUUGCUCCCCGGAGCAUGUGGACGCAGGUGAGGUCGGCGCCAUGUUGGGAGUGUGGGGCUCGUGCAGCGUGCUUACCGGGGUGCCGACAAAUCCGUCCAUCGGACCCGUUUUUUGAGGUUGCUGCUUGGUCCUGGAGGCUUGUGGGGUGUCUUGCCGCCUGGUUCUGCCCAUUGAUGUGCGGUGGUCGGGCAUACGGGUGCUGUUUGCUGCUGGGUGGUAAGGAGCCGCGGGGUUAGGCUGCCGCCAUGUUCGGAGUCCAGGACACGCCCCCUUUUGUCAUAGUUUUAAUAUUUCAACAUUUCAUAAAAAAAAGUUUAUCCAAAAAAUAUUACAUUGAGGUCAUAAUGUAAAGCAAUCUUUACCAGCACCACUCCAGGCCCACAAUCAUAAUAAUCAAUAUACAUUCUUAAUUAACAUGCUCAAUAUGAAUCACAUUUCCAUUAUAACUAAACAUCAUGCGAUUUACCAAGAAACAGAGAAAUUCUGGUAGGUAAGAGAUGGUAGGUUAUGGUUGGUUACCGGCAUGCUUGGGUAAAUUUAAUAUCUUCAGAAAAGAGAAGACUCCACAUAUGAUCCGUUCAUUAAAUAACUAGCUCAAAACCAAAAAAGAACACGUAAUCCCUAGAUUUUCUUUGUCCAAUUUUAACCCCCUGAUUACACAGUGUGUAGUACUUGUGAUGAUGAUGAGUAGAUUAUAUUAAACAGGUGUAGACCAUAGAGUGUGGUUGAAAAACAAGUGCUAUAAAUGGGGUAAAUCCAUACAUAACUUCAAUCUCCGCCUCUAGAGCAAGGACAGGCAACCUUCGGCACGCCAGCUUUUGUGGACUACAUCUCCCAUAAUACUCUUACAGCAAUAAUGCUGAAAAAGAAUCAGGGGAAAUAUAGUCCACAACAUCUGGAGUGCCAAAGGUUGCCUACCCCUACUCUAGAUGAACACUCUGAGCUUAGAAGAUGAAGGUUUAAUCACAGGAUCAUAUUCUGCUACAAACAGCACGACACAAAUGCAGACAUGUUACUGAACGAGAUGAUCGAAUCCGUCCAAUUUUAGUACAAUGGUUCCAAAACAUUCACACCUAUCUGAGAAAAACACUUUGAAAAUUCUGGCAAAAGUGCUACACAAUGAACAGCUGCCAUGGAAACCAAUAGAAUUUUUAAUUGAAUUUAGGACUGCCCAACAUCCAAUAAACCUUAAAUUUAAAUAAAGGUAAAGACCAGUUGGUCUAUCUCACCCCUGUCCGAAAACAGCACUUUCUCGAUGUCAGUCCAUGGUGAAGGCAGCAGCAGAUCUCCUUGAAAUCUUUCCCUAUAUCAGUCUCUACCACUUCUACGGGAAAACAGGUCCAUGUGACCAAAAAUCUGCUUCUAAAAACAGAUUUUAUGAUAUUGCCUUGUUCUAUUUACCCUCUGUAUACAGAAUAUAUUGCUCCUCUUAAAUACCUGCUCCCAGGGGCGGACUGACAGCCUUCUGGGCCCCUGGGCAAAAUCCCGAUAGGGCCCAUUAUGUUUCAAAUAAGUGUGCAUUUUUUUAUUUGUAUAUGGUGUGAGGGUAUGUGUAUGAGGCAUGUUUGUAUCUUAGUGUUGUAAUCAUCGUAAACACUGUUUCACUUUGUCCGCAUCAAUGCAUGUGCUGUUUUGAAUGUACAUACUUCCAGUAUGGUGUAAAUGCACAAGCAGUUAACUACACACAAACUUACAGAGCUCACUAUAGACAGCUCAUUGACGUGAACACACGCUCACUACACACAGUGCGCUACAGAAUGCUCACUGACACACACACACACACACACACACACACAAGAUCCCAAGCUCACCACAGACAGCUCACUGAUAUGUACACAAUGUCACUACACAAAAGCUCACUGACAUAUUCUCAAGCUCAGCCACAGACACACAAGCUCACUACAGAAAAAUCACUGCACAAAGCUUUUGGAUACAUACAAGCUCAAUAAAAACAGCUCACUACACACAAGCUCACUAAUAUACCCAAUCAUGCAAGAUCACACAGUUCACUACAGACAGCUCACUGACACACACACACACACAGUUCACAACAUGCACACAGAAGGUCACUACACACAGCACACUAGCCCACACAAGAUCACUGUCUCUUACCCCUUGCUGUGGUUGAAGAGCUGCAAGUUGCUCCUAGUCUCCCAGGUUGUUCCUGUCAGCAUGCCCACAUAGUUGAAGCUGGGGGCGGAGGUGCUGCUGACUUUGGACCCUGCAGCUUGUUUAAGGGGUGCAGAUCUAAGGGAGAACCUGCCAGGGGGCUGUGUUUUAUGUUCCUAGAGAAGGGAUGGGAGGUGUCUGGAGAGGAGGAAGUUUGGACAGCAGCUUCCCAGGACAUUCUGAGGGCACUUGCCUUGAUGCCCCCCUUGAUGAGUGUUUGGUAAGUCUACUUAUUUUGCAGUCACCCUUUGUAUCUCACCAUGUCCCCAAUUCCUUCAAAUUCUCCUCCUCCUCCCCAAGCCCUCCUCUGGUGCCUACCCUGCUAUCAUGCCCCAUCAUACCUUGCAUUUCAGUCUGCUCAGGCUGACUCCCUGUCCUCCCCUGAGCAGCAUGGCUGUUACCAUCACAGCUGCUCCUCCCCCUUCACACAUGCGGUGGGCGCUCUGUAUUUGUGUAAGAGAGAGGAGGGGAUGUGAUGUUCCCUCCUCUAUUCUAACACAGAGCGCUCCCGCUGGGGAACUGGUUUCACUAACUUUGCUGCCUUGAUGCUGGGCUGGUUGGGGAGAUCAUCUAAUCUUCCCAGCCCAGCCAUAGCUGCCCCGGGCCCCUGACUGCCACGGGCCCUCGGUCCAUGACCGAUCUGCCCUAGUGGUCAGUCCGCCCCUGCCUGCUCCUCGCUAUGGGCUGGGCAGUUACAGCGACUAGCUAAGGAUACAUCAGCAUGGGGGAAACAUGGCCUCCAAUACUCUACUAAAUCUACAUCAAAGAGUGCACAAAACCAAUACAAAUAUAUUCUAUUUCAUAGUGUUGUACAUCCAUUUUAAUAUUCUGCUUCUGGACACCAUAUGGUUCUGAAGGUUGUUGAUAUUGUUUGAAGCAAAACCUUCUACAUGACGUUUCACUUUUAGUCCCAACAGACCAGCCUUGAGGUCAAGUUAUGGCAGUUGAAAAUUUGGCCCAAGAAUGAGACUGUUCCCCAAAGCCCCAGUGUUUUCAUUGGCCUCAUUGGGAUGAUGGAGAAACAUCAGCAGCAGCAGGAGUCGGACUGCCAUGUUCUCGUCACUUGUUGGUAAUGGCGUGAUUUUUAUUUAUUUUUUUGCUCCAUCCAUGGAACGAUGUGGAAUAAGGGAUUAAUAAUUCAUGCUUCUACGUAAAGUACAUUGUUUUCACAAACCACAUUUGUUCUAGAAGCCUGCAUGCUGUAGAAUAAUGUUCUCUUUUCUGGUAUCCUCAUUCUGGAUCCGGCAGAAUAUUUUAGUAUUAUUGCUGAAUAUUCUCAAAUCAUGGGAUACAUUCAAAUACGCUGUGCAUUGAUGUACUGUUCAUUUUAUAUCUAUGUCUAUUUUAGAAUCUGUAUGCCUGAGUCUUACCCUGUUUCUUGGAUGUUGGUGUGUGUUCUAUAAUUACGUUGUGCAUUCUAACAUCAUACAAUGUUAUCUAAGAUAUUGCUAAUUGGUUAUGUAAUGUGCUUCAGAAUCUUGCUGAGUAAAACACACUGUAGGAUUCCAGAAUACUCUGCAGGAUUCUGAAGCACAUGACAUAAUUCUAGAAUACACAGCAAGAUGCUAGAGUGCACUAGCCUACAAUCAUUCAGUGUAUUCUGGAGUUCUGAACACAAUAAUAUUCUAAAUACACUGUUAAAUAUGUGAUCAAAUCACAGAGUUCUAGAAUACACAACAAAAUCCUAGAAUGAAGAUCCAAUGGUAUAUUAGAGGACUCCCGAAUAUUGUCGUAUUUUAUGGAAUUAUACUUUAUAUUAUAAUACCGGAGUAAUGUGUCUGUACCUUUUGGAAAAUAAGUAGACAGACUUAUAUUUUGUCAAAAAUUAGUUUUCUGUCCAAUGACAGUGAUGGCGCAAGCCGCUCGGGUCUUUUCUGUGCUGGAGCCAUUGUCUGUGACCAGAUCCGCAGUGAAGGCUGUUUAGAUGUCUCACAGGCUGUGCGAUCACUCAAGAAAAGACGAAUCCAACUCAUUCCCAACAAAGUAAGUAUGAUCAUUGAUUCAGUGAUGUUUGUCAAAUGCUCUUUGAGGUAUCAACUUGAGGAGUCAAUCACAACAUCUGAAAAAAACAUUGAUAACUUACCAUCACUGCUAACUGAGGUCAGUCUCUGAAUGGGUAAGGCAGUGGCUGAGUGACAGGCAACAGAGGGUUGUAGUUAAUGGAAUAUAUUUGAAGCUUGGACUUGUCACCGGUGGGGUACCUCAGGGAUCUGUACUUGGACCCAUUCUCUUUAAUAUUUUUAUUAGUGAUAUUGUAGAAGGUCUUGAUGGUAAGGUAUGUCUUUUUGCUGAUGAUACUAAGAUAUGUAACAGGGUUGAUGUUCCAGGAGGGAUAAGCCAAAUGACAAAUGAUUUAGGUAAACUAGAAAAAUGGUCAGAAUUGUGGCAACUGACAUUUAAUGUGGAUAAGUGCAAGAUAAUGCAUCUUGGACGUAAAAACCCAAGGGCAGAGUACAGAAUAUUUGAUAGAGUCCUAACCUCAACAUAUGAGGAAAGGGAUUUAGGGGUGAUUAUUUCUGAUGACUUAAAGGUAGGCAGACAAUGUAAUAGAGCAGCAGGAAAUGCUAGCAGAAUGCUUGGUUGUAUAGGAAGAGGUAUUAGCAGUAGAAAGAGGGAAGUGCUCAUGCCAUUGUACAGAACACUGGUGAGACCUCACUUGGAGUAUUGUACACAGUACUGGAGACCGUAUCUUCAGAAGGAUAUUGAUACCUUAGAGAGGGUUCAGAGAAGGGCUACUAAACUGGUUCAUGGAUUGCGGGAUAAAACUUACCAGGAAAGGUUAAAGGAUCUUAACAUGUAUAGCUUGGAGGAAAGACGAGACAGGGGGGAUAUGAUAGAAACAUUUAAAUAUAUAAAGGGAAUCAACACAGUAAAGGAGGAGACUAUAUUUAAAAGAAGAAAAACUACCACAACAAGAGGACAUAGUCUUAAAUUAGAGGGACAAAGGUUUAAAAAUAAUAUCAGGAAGUAUUACUUUACUGAGAGGGUAGUGGAUGCAUGGAAUAGCCUUCCAGCUGAAGUGGUAGAGGUUAACACAGUAAAGGAGUUUAAGCAUGCGUGGGAUAGGCAUAAGGCUAUCCUAACUAUAAGAUAAGACUAGGGACUAAUGAAAGUAUUUAGACAAUUGGGCAGACUAGAUGGGCCGAAUGGUUCUUAUCUGCCGUCACAUUCUAUGUUUCUAUGUAUUGAAUCACUCUGGGCCUAUAGUGGCUUGCUGUGAUGUUGUCAAACAGGACCAGAGAGCAGACCACAAACAUUUAAGUGGACAUCAACAAACACCAACAUUUUACAUAGAAACAUGGAAAGGGUCGUAUAGGAACAUCUGAUUUACAUACGUGAUAAGAAAAUAGCCAUACAAAUACAGAAAGUUCACAAAAUCAACUCCUGAUUCUAUGACACCAUUUCAACAAAUAAAUGGCUGAUCUAUACAUCAACUUAGAAUUAACGGAGUAUCAUCGGGCUGUACUCCAGCUACAGCAAUUGUUAAACCAAAUGAUUAAACCAGGGAGAGUAAAAAAAACAGGGUGCGGGAGAGCUGAGAACAGACAACAGCUCAAAUAGCAUGCCCUUCAGUGGGUCCCCGCUCAGAUCUCAAGCUAGUUUUAGCUCAUAUUGUGCCAUUACAAAAAGAACCAGGGACAUUUGCACAUCAGACUGAUCCCACCCAAAAGACCUGUACAGAACCGAAAUGCAGACUGGCUUUCUCUGCACGAGAGAUAAAGCAACCCUAGACGAUCAUUUCAACCUUGUUAGGCAUCGUCAGUGAAAAUUGUAUUGCUAAAACCGUGGGAGCAACAAUAAAAUACCAGUUCUCUGUAAAUGUCAUGAUUUCCAUAAUGGACAGGUGCUGGCCUGAUACACGAGAAAAUUAUCUAAUAAAACGCAUGUUAUUGGUGCCUGUCGGCCAUGUAAGGAGUAGCGCUUUCUCUAAUGCUGUGAUGUGCUUACAGGACCAGUACACAUUCUGCUACACACUCGCUCAGAGCUAUCUGGAUUCAUUCGAGACCUACGGGAACUUCAAGCACUGAACGUACAUCGGGGAGAAACAUGGCUGCCUUGUCCUUCAUCAAUGUGUUAACACUCCCUCCCAUUAUAAUUAAUCUUGUAAAUAGAUUGAAAUCCACUUAUAAAUAUUCUGCAACACGUUUCCUCCAAAGCAAUGUGUAAAAAUACUAUACAUAUCAUUCUUUAUAUAAAUACUUGGAAAU